CGGUGUUUGUAGCACUUCCGUCUUCUGCUUCAAAGGGUACACAGAAAUGACAGCGACUCUGCGUCCGUACCUGAAUGCAGUGCGUGCUACACUGCAGGCAGCUCUCUGUCUGGAGAACUUCUCCUCACAGGUGGUUGAACGACACAACAAACCUGAGGUAGAAGUCCGGAGCAGUAAGGAGUUGUUACUUCAGCCUGUUGUGAUCAGUAGGAAUGAUAAAGAGAAGGUUCUAAUAGAAGGUUCCAUCAACUCUGUGCGAGUCAGCAUUGCUGUGAAACAGGCUGAUGAGAUUGAAAAGAUCCUGUGCCAUAAGUUCAUGCGCUUUAUGAUGAUGAGAGCUGAGAACUUCUUUAUUCUGCGGAGAAAACCUGUGGAGGGAUAUGACAUAAGUUUCCUCAUUACUAACUUCCACACAGAACAGAUGUACAAGCAUAAGUUAGUGGACUUUGUCAUCCAUUUUAUGGAGGAGAUUGAUAAGGAAAUCAGUGAAAUGAAGCUGUCAGUCAAUGCAAGAGCCCGCAUAGUUGCAGAGGAGUUCCUCAAAAAUUUUUAGGAAAUGAACAGCACACCCUCUGCUGGAUGCAAUACCCCUGUUACUUUGGUCAUCAGAAAAGUGGAUGGAGUUUUGGGUUCAGUAGGAGUUAAAGUGUAAUUGACAAUGAACCUGGAGCACCAUUAAAAGGGGCAACAGUUGGAUCCAGAGGAUGUGCCCUCUGUCACAGGAAUGAAUUCAGAGUAUUGCAGUAUUGUAACUCAAGAGUGGAGUUAUGGGUUUCAAAGACAGGCAUGGUACUCCUUUUGCUGUUCUGCUCUAAAUUGUAUUACUUUUUUGUUUAAUUUUGUUUUGUUUUUUCCCUGUCUCUCUGCUCUUUUUUUUUUUUUUAAACAUUUGUUAAUGCCCUUUUGCUAAUGACCUAAUUUUCUUUUUAAAAUAUUUUGUUCCACUGCACUCUAAAAUUCCAUUAUUGUAUUCUGUCCCUCUUGUUAUCUUAUCUUAGAUCCCUCAUUAUUAUUUAGUGAUAGUAAAGUGCUCACAACGUUGCAAUAUUCUGAAUAGGCCUCAGCUUUCCCUUGUGCUCAUGAAUAUUGAUAAAUAUGUACAUAUUAAAAAUGCAUAGACUCAUUUUACCUCUAACAAACCUUAAAAUCAGGGCGUGUCUAUAUAUAUAUAUAUAUAUAUAUAUAUAUAUAUAUAUAUAUAAAACAGUCAAUGCUCAUGAGCACAAAGGAAAAAUGUUGAACCAAUAAUUUAAAUGGUUUUUGUCAGUGUUUUUUUUAUAAAUAUGUAUACUGUGUUCAAAUGACCAUUUUCAUGUUAAGUUUUGAUAUAAAUAAACCCUCACGCUGGUGCACACAGAUCUUACAAACCAUAUCAGCAAUUGCAAAAUAUUGAUGACAAUGACAAUGGCGAUGCUAAAUAAAUCCCUUUAUUGCUUGUAAUCUGUUGUGUACUGUGGAAGUGACAGCUCUUGUUUCAAACCAUGGCCGGGUCUAAGGGGGUGCUAGUGGGGCAUUGCUCGCCCUGGUGCAAACACUUAUGUUUUGUAGUAAAUUCAGUUGCUGUCACAUAUUUGUACAGCCUGAGAAGACCAAUGUAUUUAUAGUCUAUAAGGUUCAAACUACUCAAUAUGCCAAUUUUCCAUAUUUACCAUUGUAUUGAUUUUUUUUUGAAAGUUCAGAGGUGGGACCGUGCUCUAAUUCAGAUGUCUGGCCUUUACAAGUGAUGCAAAUAGUGUUUGUUCUACACGUCAGGGAGGUUAACUGCUGUAAGGAAAUAUAUAUUAAAAAAAAUUCCAUCCUUGAUUAGUUCAGGAGAAAUGCCUUUUGUUGUGAUUACAGCAACAAAGAAAAUGUGUCCCAUCAUAUGUGUUAAUGUCAUAUUUCAAGAUGUAAGAAAUAGAUUGAAGAAAAAUUACAUGGAAAAUUGACUAAUAAAUAAAGGCAAAAGAGAAAAGUAAU